GCGCGGAGCCGGGCCGGGAGCGCAGGCGGCCGGGCGCAGGAUGAACAGCAUCAAGAACGUGCCGGCGCGAGUGCUGAGCCGCAGGCCGGGCCACAGCCUGGAGGCCGAGCGCGAGCAGUUCGACAAGACCCAGGCCAUCAGCAUCAGCAAAGCCAUCAACACCCAGGAGGCCCCUGUGAAGGAGAAGCAUGCCCGGCGCAUCAUUCUGGGCACUCACCAUGAGAAGGGGGCCUUCACCUUCUGGUCCUAUGCCAUCGGUCUGCCGCUUCCUAGCAGCUCCAUCCUCAGCUGGAAGUUCUGCCAUGUCCUCCACAAGGUCCUUCGAGAUGGGCACCCCAAUGUGCUGCACGACUGCCAGCGGUAUCGGAGCAAUAUUCGGGAGAUUGGAGAUCUGUGGGGCCAUCUGCAUGACCGAUACGGACAAUUGGUGAACGUUUACACCAAACUCUUGCUGACCAAAAUUGCCUUCCAUCUCAAGCACCCCCAGUUUCCUGCGGGCCUGGAGGUGACAGACGAGGUGUUGGAGAAGGCGGCUGGGACUGACGUCAACAACAUCUUCCAGCUCACUGUGGAGAUGUUUGAUUAUAUGGACUGUGAGCUGAAGCUUUCUGAAUCAGUUUUUCGGCAGCUCAACACAGCCAUCGCUGUGUCUCAGAUGUCCUCAGGCCAGUGCCGCCUGGCCCCCCUCAUCCAGGUCAUCCAGGACUGCAGCCACCUCUACCACUACACGGUCAAGCUUAUGUUCAAGCUGCACUCCUGUCUCUCGGCAGACACCCUGCAAGGCCACAGGGACCGGUUCCACGAACAGUUUCACAGCCUCAGAAACUUCUUCCGCAGAGCCUCGGACAUGCUCUACUUUAAGCGGCUCAUCCAGAUCCCCCGGCUGCCUGAGGGACCUCCCAACUUCCUGCGGGCCUCGGCGUUGGCCGAGCACAUCAAGCCCGUGGUGGUGAUCCCUGAGGAGGCCCCCGAGGACGAGGAGCCCGAGACCCUCAUUGAGAUCAGUACGGGGCCCCCUGCCGGGGAGCCAGCGGUGGUGGCUGACCUCUUUGAGCAGACGUUUGGACCCCCCAAUGGCUCCAUGAAGGACGACAGGGACCUCCAGAUCGAGACCUUGAAGAGAGAGGUGGAGACGCUCCGUGCCGAGCUGGAGAAGAUCAAGCUGGAGGCCCAGCGGUACAUCUCACAGCUGAAGGGCCAGGUGAACACACUGGAAGCCGAGCUGGAGGAGCAGCGGAAGCAGAAGCAGAAGGCCCUGGUAGACAAUGAGCAGCUCCGCCACGAGCUGGCCCAGCUGAGGGCCGCCCAGCUGGAGGGCGCGCGGAACCAGGGCCUGCGCGAGGAGGCCGAGAAGAAGGCCAGCGCCACAGAGGCGCGCUACAACAGGUUGAAGGAAAAGCACAGCGAGCUCAUCAACACGCACGCUGAGCUGCUCAGGAAGAACGCAGACACGGCCAAGCAGCUGACGGUGACACAGCAGAGCCAGGAGGAGGUGGCACGAGUGAAGGAGCAGCUGGCCUUCCAGAUGGAGCAGGUGAAACGGGAGUCCGAGAUGAAGCUGGAAGAGCAGAGUGACCAGCUAGAGAAGCUCAAGAGGGAGCUGGAGGCCAAGGCCGGGGAGCUGGUGCGCGUGCAGGAGGUCCUGAGCUGCACGGAGCAGAGUGGGUCAGAGCUGAGCUCGCGGCUGGACACGCUGAGUGCAGAGAAGGACGUGCUGAGCAGCGCCGUGCGGCAGCGGGAGGCUGACCUGCUGGCGGCCCAGAACCUGGUGCGGGAGAAGGAGGAGGCGCUGAGCCAGGAGCGGCAGCGAAACUCCCAGGAGAGGGGCGAGCUGCAGAGGCAGCUUGCGGACAAGGAGUCUCAGGAGCAGGGGCUGCAGCAGAGGCUCCUGGAUGAGCAGUUUGCGGUGCUCUGGGGCACUGCCGCUGAGGCCGAGCGCAUCCUGCAGGACGCUGUGAGCAAGCUGGACGACCCCCUGCACCUGCGCUGCACCAGCUCCCCGGACUACCUGGUGAGCAGGGCCCAGGCAGCCCUGGAGGCUGUGAGUGCCCUGGAGAAGGGCCACACCCGGUACCUGGCCUCCAGGUCAGAUGCCUCUGCCCUGGUGGCAGCCCUGACCCAGUUCUCCCACCUGGCUGCGGACACCAUUGUCAAUGGCGGUGCCACCUCCCACCUGGCCCCCACUGACCCUGCUGACCGCCUGAUCGAUACCUGCCGGGAGUGUGGGACCCGGGCUCUGGAGCUUGUGGGGCAGCUGCAAGAUCAGCAGGCUCUGCAGCAGGCCCAGCCCGGCCUGGUGCGGACUCCCCUGCAGGGCAUCCUUCAGCUGGGCCAAGAGCUGAAGCCCAAGAGCCUGGAUGUGCAUCAGGAGGAGCUUGGGGCCAUGGUGGACAAGGAGAUGGCGGCCACAUCCGCAGCCAUCGAAGACGCCGUGCAGAGGAUCGAGGACAUGAUGAACCAGGCCCGCCAUGCCAGCUCUGGGGUGAAGCUGGAGGUGAACGAGAGGAUCCUCAACUCCUGCACAGACCUGAUGAAGGCCAUUCGGCUCUUGGUGACAACGUCCACUAGCCUGCAGAAGGAAAUUGUGGAGAGUGGCAGGGGGGCAGCCACGCAGCAGGAAUUUUACGCCAAGAACUCACGGUGGACCGAAGGCCUCAUCUCUGCCUCCAAGGCGGUGGGCUGGGGAGCCACGCAGUUGGUGGAGUCAGCUGACAAGGUGGUGCUUCAUACUGGCAAGUACGAAGAGCUCAUCGUCUGCUCCCACGAGAUUGCGGCCAGCACAGCCCAGCUGGUGGCAGCCUCCAAGGUGAAGGCCGACAAGCACAGCCCCCACCUGAGUCGCCUACAGGAGUGCUCCCGCACCGUCAAUGAGAUGACCGCCAACGUGGUGGCCUCCACCAAGUCAGGCCAGGAGCAGAUUGAAGAGAGAGACACCAUGGACUUCUCCGGCCUGUCCCUUAUCAAGCUGAAGAAGCAGGAGAUGGAGACCCAAGUGCGAGUGCUGGAGCUGGAGAAGACGCUGGAGGUGGAGCGCGUGCGGCUGGGGGAGCUGCGGAAGCAGCACUACGUGCUAGCUGGGGGCGUGGGGACGCCCGGCGAGGAGGAGCCCAGCCGGCCCAGCCCUGUGCCCCGCAGUGGGACCUCCAAGAAGCCACCCCUGGCCCAGAAGCCCAGCAUGGCCACCAGGCAGGACCACCAGCUCGACAAGAAGGAUGGCAUCUACCCGGCUCAACUUGUGAACUACUAGGCCCCAGAGGGGUCCAGCAGGGAGGCUGGUGGGCAGGCCUGGGCCUCACAUGGCUGCCCUGACUUGGCUGAGGAGCCUCCGAUGAGCCCCAUCCCCAGCAGAUGGCACCAGCCCCUGCACCAGGUGCCCAGGCUCCCUGCCCCACGGCCCAGAUCAGUGUGCCCAAGGCCAGCAGCCCUUGCUGAGCCCAAGGGAUCUGGGCUGACCAGGGCAGUUCUGGAUGUGAGUCUAUUUAUCUACAAUAGGAACUUCUGAGAGCGGCCAGGACCCAGCAGGCCUGAGCCAUAGCUCUUCAGGAAAUACACAGAACAUUCUUAAUA